AGAAAUAAAACGAAAUUAAUAUUUAUUUGGUGAGUUUGGAAGAUAGGCAAACAUUGGACAAUCGGACAGUUUAAAUUUACGUACAAAAUGAAGAUGCUUAUAGGAAGAGGACUGAAAGUUGAGUUUGAUUGAAAUGUACAAGCAAAUCUUAUAACUAAAUUUAACCUUCCUGGUCGGAUAAAAAGUGUAUAGUCAUAAUUUUAGUCUAAUGAAUCGUAAAAUGUCACAGAGAUUAACGUUCAAAGUCGUAGGAAGAUUUACAAAUUUUGAACUUGACCUGUUUAGAUAUUGUUUAUCCUAACCAAGAGAAUCACCGUUAAAUUGGCAUUGGUGGUUUUUCAACAGUGGUCAGUAAAUCAAGGUUAAAAGUGUGAUUACAAGUCAAAUGAACAACCUCGAUUAAAACAAAAAUUAUCAACAGUAAAGUUUAUGACAUUGGCUCAAAGUAUAAAUAUUGGAUAUUUAUGGUACAACUCAUACCAAUUUUGGAUCAAGUUAAUAAGAUAACAGCUUAUACUGAUAGUCCAUUGUAAUAGUAAUACCUAUUGAAACAAAAAUGAAAGUUUACUAUUUGAUUGUCGUACUAGUGAUUAAUUUAUCCUGUAUCUUUGAUUUAUCACAAACAUCAAAUCAGCCUAAUGUUGUUAAUUCACAUAAGAAUCGAAGCUAUUACGAGAUAAAAAAGUUGUUACAUGGAAAUGGGUUAACUUUGAACUGUGGAACUCAACUAAAAUCAUUAGCUGGUAGAGUUGUUGGUGGACGAGAAGCUGAAGAUGGCGAAUUUCCGUGGCAAGUUUCCCUGCAAUUAAAGCACAGAUUUUUUGGAUAUCGACAUUUCUGUGGAGGAACCAUUAUUGGUAAUCGUUGGAUAGUUACAGCUGCUCAUUGUGCUAAUCAUAUUGAUAACAAUAAUACGAUUGCUGUUUUGGGAGCAAUCGAUUUAACACCGUUUCAAUAUCAUGUUAAAGCAGCCAUAAAUUCAACAUUUGUUCACCCAAACUACAAUCAAAAUACAAUCGAGAAUGAUAUCGCUUUGCUCAAGACUAGUGAAAAAAUUGAUUUAACUGGACAAAAUUAUCCAAUUUCUUCUGCCUGUUUGCCUGAAUCACUUGACCAACAACCGUCAGGUAAUGCAAUUGUAACUGGAUUUGGGAAGACUUCAGAAAGUGGUGGUUCAUCAUCAACUCUUUUAAGAGCUGCCGAGAUUCCGGUUAUGUCUCUUGAAGCAUGUAAGGAAUACUAUGGGAAUAGAGUUUAUCCUAAAAUGUUGUGCGCUGGUUACAAAGAGGGUAAACAUGAUUCGUGCCAAGGAGACUCAGGGGGACCAUUGGUACAGAUAGUAGAUAACCAUGGUGUUUUGGUUGGUGUUGUUUCGUGGGGAAUUGGUUGUGCUCGUCCAGCCAAACCAGGAGUUUAUACAAAAGUUUCUAGCUACAUUGAUUGGAUAUAUGAAACUAUUGAAGCUAAUCAAUGACCAUUUUCAUUUCAAUUUAAAUUUUACCACUAUUUGUUCAACAUAUAUUUGUUAAAUUAGAUAUAAUAUUCAAAUAAAUUUUAAGCAUUUCGUUUUGCCCGUAAAAAUAAAGAGUCAGAAAAGGGAAAA